AGACUGAGGGUGGCAGGAGCAAUUGUAGCAGUUAGAGCAGCGGGCUUGGAGUCAGGACUUCUGGGUUGUAGUCCGGGCUCUGCUGCUGAAUCACCAUGUGACCUCUGGGGCAAGUCACUUCCCCUUCCUAUGCCUCAGUUUCCCUGUCUGUAAUACUGGGGCGAUAAUACCUUACUUACAGGGGUAUUGUGAAAAUUCAAGUGUAAAUGGCUUCAGGAACCUCACAGGGAGGGGAGGAAAGGGCAGAAUGAGAGGGAUUUAUUUGGGGUCAGGGGGAAGUAUAUGUUCUAUAGGGACGUUCCAGAAAUCUGUUUCCCCAGUGACCCCCGGAGCAGCCUAGGCAAACUCUCCUCAAAGUGACCCUGGUACUGAUGGGCCUCUUCUGGCUCCCAUCCAGGCUACUAAGCCUGCAGCCCGGUGACCCAAAGGGGUGAGUGAGGAUUUAGCCAAGUGAGGUCUGGGCUGGAAGCCCCACUCGUGCUGGGAGCCAAAGGCAGAAUGAGACAGUCGGUCUCUGCUGCGCCGUGGGGAAGGGAGGCCAGUCUGUGGGAUCUGCUGCUCUCAUUUACAGGGCUCAUUUAAUUAAAAGGCAGUUAAGCUAAUUAUUGUCUGUAUUCAAAACAAACAGAACCAGAGCAUGAGCAGAGGGCUUGAGCCAUUAACCCUUUGGGCUUGGUGCUGCCUGGUGACCACAGCCUGCCUACCCUCGGAGCAGGGUCAGCGUGGGCAGGGGCAGAGUCAGCUUCUCUCAGGCAGGGCCCUCUGCCCAGCACUGUCCUGGCAGCCCCCUUCUGGGGUACGUGGGGAGUUCAGGCCCCAUUCAGCCCUUGACUACUGGCCAAGGGGCUAGUUGCCUUUUCAUUGGCAAUUGCAAUCCCAUCUUGCCCUGGAGCAAGUGCUCAGACAAUACCGCACCGCUGCCUGCUCUGCUCUGACCGGGCCCCAGGCCUGUUCCGUAGCUUACGUCCAGUGCCAGGUGAGACAUUUGGUGCAACGUGUCGGUUUAACUUUUCCAAUGGGGCAUUGAUCAGGAGCCCAAGUCUGGCACCAACUUGCCUGUCUUCCAAAGUGGGGCAAUACAACCUGCAGCACCGAGAAGCAAAGUGCCUCCAGCUCAUCACAAAGGCAGUCAGGGCUUCUCCCAGCUGGGGGUUCCAGUCAGGCUCUGGGUAGCUGAGUGCCAUGUCGUGGCCAGCCGUGUCCUGUCCCAACAAGAGAAGGUGUGUACGCAUCUCCCUUCGCCUUUGGUCAGGUAAGGAAAGGGGGUCCGAUUCCUCAUUGUCCUGCCGCUGGGGCCUGGUGAGUACAGCAUAUUACCAGCUCUGUGUACUAGGCUGUUAAACCUGCUUGGCCCCGGGUGUGACAAGUGCCAAAGGCUCCGGGCAGCGCUGACUGACCCCUGGUGUUGGUUAAUGUACUUCUAUAGGACACGGGUGUUUCUCAGCUUGUUUUCAGUCAAUUUGUGGUCGCUGUUCCCAUGUUUGUAAGGAUCCUGACUUGCAUUUAAUCAAAAGAGAAGAAGUUUCCCCAACUCCCACCAAAGGUAUUUGACGUAGUGGGAGGACAGAACUGACCCCCUGCUGGUCACAGGGGACCUUAAAACAGCUGGACAAAAUUCCCUUUAAAUGUGAUCCUCAAUAAUACAGCUUAGCUCUUGCAUUGACUUUUUUCAUCCAUAGAACUCAAAGCACUAUGCAAGGCUGCUACAGAUGGGGAAACUGAGGCCUAGAAAGCCAACAUGAUCUGCCCCCAUGGUCACACAUCAGACCAAUGGCAGAGCUGAGACUAGAACCCAGGAUCCUGGUGCCCCAUCCACCAAAGGUGUGAAAAUGGGAGUCAGCAGAACCAAGUUUACGCUACUGAUUCCACCCCCGAAAUUUACGCAGGUUAUUCCCAUGUCUAACCCCACUGAACCCUCUUUUCAUAUGCUGGGAAGUCUCCUGCUUUGACUCCCUUUUGCUGUGUCAGCUGGGGAAUGAGUUGUCCCUUUAAGAGCAAAAAGAACUGGGGUGGAUGACACCAGCUGGUUUAGUGCAGCUAUUAACAGAUACAAGGAUUAGGAAGCUGCCAGAAAAAUCUUGGCAUUCUAGGGAUUGUGCUGCAUCCUGCACGAGUGCCCAUGGGACAUGUCUGCGCUGGGAGGAGAGGACGCCCAGAUGUGAACUUGGCUGGGUCCAGAAAUCACAGCACAAGGGCACUGGCUUGACAUUGCCUGGCCUGUGUGAGGGUUGUGGUAGCUCAGGAUCUGCCACUCCACCGUGUGAUGGGAAGAGAGACCCUCUCAUCCUUGCAUGCUGGCUGCUUUCAGGGAAGCAUCAUGCUGACCAGUAUCGCCGAUGGGAUCAUGUGUUGCUUGAUGGGCAAGACAACCAAUGCGGUGGGGCCCGUGGACAGCUUUGAGUCCAGCGACGGCUACAGCUUCCUGGAGGUGAAGCCCGGGAGGGUCCUGCGGGUGAAACACAACCUGCCCACCCGCCAGCCCGAGGAGGGACCCGAGGGGCCCAAGCGGGGUGUGGUGCACUGUAAGCGCAAGAUCACCCUCUACCGCAAUGGGCAGCUGGUGAUUGAGAACCUGGGCGAUGCCAUCCGCUCCGAGCUCCUGCACUGCCAGAACGGCCCCAUGGAGCCCCAGAGCACCAUGGAACUGGAGCUCUCGGACGUUGCUGGCAAUGCCUCCACCCAGGGCACCGCCAACCCGGGCUCCAGCGCCCAGCAGGCUCUGGCGCCCGGCAAGCGCCGGAAGCGCAAGCCCAAGAAGGUUGUCAACAUCGACUGCAAGAAGCAGAUCAGCAGCUGCAAGGGGACGCAGAGUGACGUGGUGCUGUUCUUCAUCCACGGCGUGGGCGGCUCCCUGGACAUCUGGAAGGAGCAGCUGGACUUCUUCAGCAAGCUGGGCUACGAGGUGGUGGCCCCAGACCUGGCUGGACAUGGCUCUAGCUCCGCCCCGCAGAUCGCGGCCGCCUACACCUUCUACGCCCUGGCCGAGGACAUGAGGGCCGUCUUCAAACGCUAUGCAAAGAAGAGGAACAUUCUGAUAGGCCACUCGUACGGGGUUUCCUUCUGCACCUUCCUAGCCCAUGAGUACCCGGACCUGGUCCACAAGGUGAUCAUGAUCAACGGGGGCGGCCCCACUGCGCUGGAGCCCAGCCUGUGCUCCAUCUUCAACAUGCCAACCUGCGUCCUUCACUGCCUGUCCCCCUGCCUAGCCUGGAGCUUCCUCAAGGCUGGCUUCGCUCGCCAGGGUGCCAAAGAGAAGCAGCUGCUCAAGGAAGGCAACGCCUUCAACGUAUCCUCCUUCGUCCUGCGGGCCAUGAUGAGUGGGCAGUACUGGCCGGAGGGUGACGAGGUCUAUCACGCCGAGCUCACCGUGCCGGUGCUGCUGGUGCAUGGCAUGCAUGACAAGUUUGUGCCAGUGGAGGAGGAUCAGCGGAUGGCCGAGAUCCUGCUGAUGGCGUUCCUGAAGGUGAUUGAUGAGGGCAGUCACAUGGUGAUGAUGGAGUGUCCGGAGACGGUGAACACUCUGCUUCACGAGUUCCUCCUGUGGGAGCCCGAGAUGCCCACCGGGGAAGGGCGAGAAGUGGAGAAGAAAUAAGCCAGUCAGCGAGUGGUGACCCGGCUGAGGUGCUACUUCGACGGGAGGGACUUUUCGACAUGGAGAGAGACGGGGUCUGAGUGCAGGAGCGGAGGGGGGUGUGGUGGAAAGGCUCCUCCCUGGCCACGCCUGGAGCUGUUUUCUUCCCUGGAUACAGCUGGAUUGGAAGCUGGGCUGGCUGGCGGUUAAGCACAACGGCUUCAAGGGGAGCCUCUUUGCAGGGCCUGGUGCGUGCAGGCUGGUGGCAGGAGUAGGGCAAACUGGCCGAGGGCGCGCUCCCUGGGAGGGCACGCAAGCUGCAUCUUCAUCCUGUUUCCUUGUAGUAUAAUUUCUCUCAUGCAGUGGCCCCAUUUAGGGCAGGGAGUGGAGAAGGGAGACUGUGGGGAGGGGCUCAGACUGGUACAGCAUGUGGGGCCUCUCCGCUCCCCAUAGCAUCCCACCCACCAUUAACCAAAGGGGUGCUUUAAGGGAGAAGCCACAAGAUGAGGAUGGACAAAGCCACAAGGGGCAGGCUCUUCCCACGAACUCUUAGCAGCUAGAUCCCCCGCUUCGCUUCGGCUGAACGUGAGCCAGCCCUGGACAGCUGACGCGCCUCACCGGAGGGCCAGUGGUGGGCUUGACCCUGCCCGACACAGGGUACCUGCCCCGAGGAGCUCACAACCUAAAGGAUGUGUGGCUUUUGCCCCGGGGAGAAGAGGCAGAGAAGUGAGGACUGGUCACCAUGCAUGUCUGGCUUGUAGCCGAGCAAGGCGGGAUAGUGACUGGUGGUGCCAGACUCCGAAGAGCAGCCCUUGAGCCUGGCUCUGGGACAGAGGGACGGCUCCUGCUGAAUGCUAGCUGCCCUGCCUUGGGGCUGGGCCCAUAGAUCAGCUUGACACCAGCUGUCCAAGAGGAGGGGGCGGAUGAGCAAAGGCCGAGCUGUCCAGCAGCAGGGUCUACUGUUCUCAGCACACCCCAAGCAUGCCUUCCACCUCCUAACCCACCAGUGCUUUAGGUACCUUUUCCCUGGCUUCAUCCACAUGACGACCCUCCGUUUCCUCACACAACCUUCAGUGAACCGAUAGGGCCAGGGGAGGGUCUUGGGGAACUGAUUUUGACGCCAUCCCAUGAUCAGUCAGACCGUAGGUCAAUGACAUUGCAGCCGGAUUCACUACGACCCCAAACUGCUCCCUUCACUGGGGCCAGGUCCUGCCUCAGGGCAUUUUCCUCACCAGCCUCCCGCUGAGCAUCUCCCCCGUGUGUAGUUUGGUAGCCUGGACGGAAGCUGAGUGUGUCCGGAUGUGAAGCGGAGAGGGAGCCGUGGCACAUCAUCAUCUAGCCAUUAACACACCGUGCGUCCAUCCAUCCCCGUUAGCGUCACCUUUCGCACCCAAACCUGGUGGGCAUCAAGUAAUCUAGCCCUGGGUUAGUGUGGGGAGGGGAAUGCUAUAAAGAAUGAGGGAAUAACUACAAAAGAAAACCAGUCACGUUACCUAUAGAUGCCACUACUAUGGAAAAACCACCCUCUGAUGCUGUCCAUGCGGCUUUUCCUCUGGACCCUGGCAAAACCAGCAGCGGGGCAGGUACCGGCUGAAAGGGGCAGGGAGGGGCUGAGUCCGUUGCAGAACGGGCUGCGAAGGGUUGAAAGUUGAGCUCUGGGGCUCCCCCUCCACUUUGACAGCAGCGACCAUUUGAUCCCUUCCACAGCGGGGUGGACAGGAGCUGGGGCCAGUUUAACAGUGUCCAGCUGCAGGCCAGACUGACCCAGAGGCAGAGGAAAAAGUCUCCCCCCAGCCCUCAUUUUCAGCUACUAGGAGUGAGGGGAUGGGUGGGGGCUGCUGUGUGACCGAGGCCUGGCUGGGACAGCUGUGCUGCAGCUCUCCCCCACGCAGCCAGGCCUGUCGGCUCCCUCCUGCUCCAUGCUGGACUAUUGCCAGCUGACGGCCCAUAAAGGAACAGCGCUUCGUGGCCAUAGGGCUGCACACCCAACCCUGUGUGGCAUUGCCCAGGCCGCCAGAGCCCACGCCGGGUGCAGGGAUCUUCCCUUCCCUGCUCCGUCAUCGAAACCAAAGAGAUAAAAACAAGCCUGUUUGUCCUGUACAGGCCUCCGCAGAGCAGCUUCCGCACUCUGCAGAGAACUGAACGGGGGCGGGGUGGGGCAGAUCUUCUGGACACUUUGCCCCAAGAACAGGCUGAGCCAAUCCUCUACUGGAGCUGGAUCAAGUUGCUGGAAGGAUCUUUGGGGGCCUCCUGAGUGCAGCUGACCCCCUGCUCUUCUGCACAGCCAGGGGUGAGGUGCUUCCAAUGUGCCAGGCCAUGGGAGGGGCUUCUGCGCCCACCUCUGGGUGACAGCACCACUUCUCCAAGGCCAAACCUGCUCCAGGCACGCUCAGCCCUGCCACAGACUGCAGCGGCUGUGGGCCAAGCCAAAAGCCACUGCUGAGCUUGGCUCGUCCCCGGGAGCACAGCCCUAGGGUCUCUGACACGACAACAGUAACCGCCAUAAGCCUAGCGAUGGCCCUUCCAGAACAGAACCCGUCUCCCGAGCCAGCAGGUUCUAGUGGGGAGGAAGCCUGAGUAUGGCAACCCACCAUAUGCGACAGCAACCUGACUCCCUGCUCCGCGGGAACCAGCAGGUAUGGAUCACUGACUGAAGGGUGUCACUCCCGGGUUCUCCUGACCCAUGCGGCUGUGGUGGACUUGGCUCCUGGCCCCUGCUGUCUGUACCUGUUUGUCUCAUAAUGAGAAUUUUAACGACUUACAAGGAGGUUCAAAACAUGUUUCCAUUUAGUCGACUUUGCCUCCAGUGAACUGUGUGACCAAGUGGCUGCUAUUAACCAAUUGAGGCAGGAAACUCUAGACUAACGCCAUCUAGACACCCUUGUCAUCAGUUACAUGGCUGGACGACCCCCAUGUUACAGCAUCUCUGUUAUUCUUUGUGUCCUUAAUUCUUAGUGGAAGCCGCCUAGCACUUCAGCCUUCUGAUGUUUUAUUUCAGAGCAGCUGCAGAAAUGUGCAUAGACCUGUUGUAACCUUCCAUUUGUUAGGGACCAUCCAGUUAACAAUCCAAGGGGACCCUCCCUUUGCAAACUGAAUCCUCGGGGGUUAUUGCUGUGGGGCUCGGAAGCACUUUGCGUUUGAAUGAGAUGUAGAACUGGUCAGGAAAGAUCCCCCAGCUCGCUGGGAAAGGGCAGGGGGAACGUUAACCUCAUUGUUCUGGCCCAGUCCCACUCUGGGUAAUUACAUUGUGCCUGCUUAAAUUAACCCUGCCAUUGCCAGGUGAAACAGUUGUGCAGCCUUUUGCUGCACGCUAUUAAACAGCUGCUGAAUUUCAGUGGGCAGUGGAAUUAUCCAGCUGUGGUUUGGACAGUCCUGGCUCACUGGAAACUACAGACAACAGAUUCUCUUUGCAGGGGAUCUGCAUGGGCAUUUCAGAGAGAAGCAGCAACUCAGCCAGCUCUUGCCCCGAGCAGCAGGAAAAUGACACAGCAGCUUCCAAGGAGGAAGAGCUGCACUGAUUAGGGACUAAAUGGCAGACAGGCUCCUGCCUCUAGUUCAUUGUUAUGAUGGGGUCUGGAAAUGCUAACACUGCUCUGAGAAAGCCGAGGGGUCUGUCAGACAUACCACAGAAUGAGGAAUAUGUAGUAACAACUCCAUUGCCAGAGAAUGGAUUUGCACUGGACCCUGCGCUGAGUGCAGACAGGGACUGGCUGCAUGGUCAGCCAGCCACCAGAGAACACUGUCACUGUAGCGUAAAGAAAUCUCUGCUUACUGCAGUAGACAGACUGUUCCAAAACAGUGGCAGCAGUGGGCAGCUAUUGACGAUGGCAAAGGAAGAGGUACUGGACCCAAUUCCUCCUCACCCCACACCCUAUGCAGUGCCUUACACCAGUGGGUGUAGAAUGCUACCGACUCCAAACAGCACCACCUUAGCACUAAGGGUUAAUGGCUGCCCAAGGUGUGGGGUGAAGAGGUGCAGCCCUGUCCCACCCUUCUCCUCGCCCUUAGAGCAGGGUGUGUUCAACUAGCCGCACUGAUGGGUGGGAGGGCAGGAGCUAUUCUCCAGUGAGGCGGGAGAAGCGGCCAAUGCUUUGGCUAGGUUCUCUCCUGCUAAGUGGCAAGGGUGUGGUUCUUAGAGAACUGUCCGUAACCACCAGCCCCAGGCAGGCUGUGGCCCCACAGACAGAAGCCUGCUGCUGGCACUGGACUGCCGUGCUGUCUGAUUUGACCAUUAACAGUCCCUCCCUACAGCUGGGCCCCAAGAGCUGCUUCCCCCAUCCUCCCGAUUUGUACUUGGAAACACAGGGUUGACCUUGUCGCUGUGUUGAGGUGACUGUUACUGUGCCCUGUUGUGGUACACGUUCUUUUAAGUGUUUGUUGCCAUGAAUUCUGGAGUCUGUGCCACUUGUACCUGACCCUGCUUGUGUGGAAGCAAAAGGAAAGUUGUGCGCUGUGAUCCACCAUUUAAAAAUGAAACCCUAACCUGUGAGCGUGCCAUUUCAUACAGUAAAUAUCUACGAUAUUCUGA